CACUGUGUUCGACGUUGGGAAUCCAUUCAAGCUAGAAGCCUCGACUGGGACUGCAGUGAGGAAUCCACCACAGAGGGCUCCGUUUGGGCGCUGCAGGAACGGCAGGCAAUCCAGUUGCUGGAGAGGAGAUUUGGCACCGUUUACACUGACUCCCUCACUUUGGAAAGUGAGCAGCUCUUGAGAGGGACAUCAAGUUGCUUGUGGUUUGAACUUCCCUGGAUCUCUGGCAGAGGGGCUGAGGGUGAGGGCCCAGGAAUAUUUUGGCCACUUUGUGCUGAAUGCAGAGCGGACCGGUGAGACCAUGUCCAGUGAAGGUGACACCAGAGGUCAGCCUUCCGCAACAACAAUCAGCACUGUUGCAGUGCAGGCUGGCGACUCUCGGCUCGUUGUUGCAGUUCUUAAGUGCGGGCCACUGUUGCAGCUGCAGUUGGCCGAAUCAACACCAAACCUUCUAGAGAUUGGGAGCAACCAGGAUGAGACCAAGAAACACCUUGAUGAGCAUGAGCAGCUGCUGACCAACCUUAAGAAACAUGAACAUGGUGUCUGGGGUCUGCUGUCUGAGGCAGAUAAGGUUGCACAGAAUAAGAAAAAUGAGGUGGAUGUACAUGUGGCUAUGGCCAGCACACUGAGCGAUGCCUGGAGGACCUUAAUCGCACAGCUGGAGAAGCGAAGGUCCCUUCUAAACUUGGCCUCAGAUUUCUUCGACCGAGCCCUGGAGUUUGCCAUUAAGAUUGAUGAGGCAGAGGACUUCCAGCACAGUGUACAGGGGUUUACUGGUGCUGACUGCUUGAAGGAGGUCCUCCAUAAACACAGCUGUAUAAAAAAAGGCCUCUUGGAAAAUUCUAUGCUAGUUUUGAACAAGAGCCAGGAGCUGUUCGACUUCUUGAAGGAGUUCCAGGAAGAUAAGGCUCUUGUGAAUCAAGAAAAGUUUUUGGGCGCACAUAGGAGCUGUGAAAAGGUGGAAAGCCUUAUGGAAAUUCUGCAGGACCGCCGUAGGCAGGUGGAUCGCAAUAUGAAGCGACAGGGCCUUGACCUGGAGAUGAUGCACCACAUCUACCAGUGGGACCAGCAGGAACAGGAAGCAACAAACUGGUAUAAGAACAACGCUGAGGUGUUCCUAGAGAAAGAUCAACUUGGUUCUACGCUGUCUGAAAAUGAGGAAUUGCUCCAGGAGUAUAAAAACUUUGAACUGAAAGCCAAGGACUGGAGCUUAUUGGUAGAAAAACUUCUGGUGGAGGCAUCUGAGAUUCUGGCCUCAGAAGGUCACACAGAGAAGGGACAUGUGGAGGAGAGGACACAAAAAUUGAAGGCUCUGCAUGAAGAGUUUUGGAAUCAAAUGAUGGUGCGCCGGGCACACCUUCAGGAGAGCAAGGGCUUCUUCACCAGUGCUAAUAAGGCAUUUGAAGUGUUGGCAGGAAUUGAAAGCAGCCUAAAAGGGAUGAGGUCCCAAGUGCUGAGUUUGCCAGAACUGGCCAAGAAACACGAGGAGCUACUCUGGAGCAUCAAAGAAGCGGCUGCGGAACCCCUACAGCAAGGGAAACACUUCCUUAACAAGGUCAACCCGCGAAGCACUCAAGUGGGUGGGGUGGAGAGGAUGAUGGGAUAUAUCCAUGACCGGAUGGAUUCACUGAGCAAGGAGUGCCACGCCCACAGGGAGCUAGCAGAGAAGAGACAGCUGCUGGUGUCCUCAUUUGAAGAUCUGGUGGACAAGGUUUCAGCAUGGAUAAAAAGCAGCAGCAGUGCCCUCUCCGGCAGUGUGGACCCAGGACUGGUGCUGUCAGAGUCUGAAGAUGUGCUGAACAGACACCUGGAGCUUUCCUCCCAGACCCAGGGUGUAGCAAAUGAAUUGGAGGCCAUUUCUGAACUCAUUAAGGCACUGAAAUCACUAGAAUCUCCUGAGGCCAUAGAGUUCUCUAAUAAAGCCAGCCUACUGAGCGAAGAGCUGAAGACCCUCACCAGAAAUAUCACUGCACGGACUGAGAGCCUCAAACCCUACGUGAGCUUCUUACGCUCUGCAGAGGAGGUGGAUGAGCAGAUCCGCAGUCUACAGGAAUGCUACAAAAACAGACCCGAGGCAGAGAACGAGGAGAGCAAUGCAGCACUGAAGGAGGUUGCUGAUGCCAAGUGGCAGGCCCUGCUGGAGAGGUUCCUCAUUGUACAGGACCUUGGAAACAAUUUUAUAAACUCCUCCAACAUGGUCAGUGGAAAUCUCACCCUGAAUGUGAAAUCAGCUGUGCGCGUGGUGGAGAACACGCUGGACGAUCUGAAUAAGAAGAAGGCCAACCUUAUGGAUCUGUGGACUUCCUGGCAGCUGCACAUCAGUCAGAUUAAAUCAGUAAAAAAGCAGUGGAAAAAAUUCAAGGAACAGCUUAAAAAGACCGUCCACAACCUCAAGGCUCUAGAGGAUGUUCUGGCUCCAGCCUCCAGCGUUGACUUGGGAAGUGAUCUUCUGACUGUGUCUAAGCUGCAGGAGACUUUUAAUCUUGCAAAACCUCAGUUUGUGAAAUUGAAUGCAGAGGUGGAAUACAUGAUCAAAAUUUCUGAGAUGUUAGCUUUAAAAGGAAUUCCUAUAAAAGAGAAGAAUGAGAAAAUCACUGAGCUCCUGCACCUGCACCAGCGUGUAAAAGACACAAUCAAAGAGUAUGAAAGAGUCCUCAGUAUGGCGGUUAAAUUCCACCACCUAUUUGAUGAGCUGGAGAACCUGCUGACAUCAGAGCCAGUGACGGCAUUCCACAACACUAGCCAGGCGAAGAUUCAGCUGGCACAGCACCAGGAGAGGCAGAGCCAUGUGCGACACCUGUACAAGAUGGCCAUCUCUCUGGGGGCCGACAUCACCAGCACCGUGAUGCAGUCGCAUGCACUGGGGUUCACUGCACAUCGGCUUCAGGACAAGCUGGAGAGACUGGAGAGAGGCAGUUCAAACUGGAGCACUGAGGCUGAUAAGUGUGAGGAGAGCCUGGUGAGCAAUGUGCACUACUGCAUCUUCAAAGAGGAGAUCAAUGAGCUCAGAGAGUCCUUUAAGGACCUUAAGAAGAAAUUCAAUAACUUGAAAUUCAAUUAUAUGAAGAAAAAUGACAAGACGAGGAAUGUGAAGGCAGUAAAAAACCAAAUCCAGCAGAUUGAGAUUUUUGUUGAGAAACUGCAGGUGUUGAAAAAGAAGAUGCAGGCAUUCACAGUGAAGAUCUCUGCAAGCACAGAGAAGCAUCUAAAAGGUAGCAGCCCCAGAGAGAUCGAGGAUGCUGUAAAUGAGCUGCAGAGACAGCUGGGAGACUUUGACAAGGUGGUGGAGGAGUACAAGCACAACCUGGACAUGACAGUCAAACUGCAGCUAGCUAUGGAGGAGUAUCAGUUUUGGUGUGAUGAUGCAAGCGCCACCAUUGUGCGUGUAGGGAAGUACUCCUCAGAGUGUAAGACCAGGGAAGCAGUUAGUAGCCUCUACAAACAGUUUGAGAAGUUUGUCUGGCCCACUGUACCCCAGCAAGAGGAGAGAAUCAACCAGAUCACAGAGUUGGCUGUUCGUCUGCAUGGUCCAGAAGAAGGAAAGAAGUUUGUUGAGAAAACAGUCGCCAAGCACAAUGAGAUUGUUGAAUCCAUAAAGGAACUGUGCAAUGGUUUAAUGGACCUGGAAGUGAAACUCCAGGAAGAGGCUCUAAAAGAGCAGUCUGACAGAAAGGAACAUGAUGGUGAAUUAACAAGUGAAGAAUCAAGAUAUACAACAGAAGGGACCGAAACAUCCAAGGAAUCCACAGAGAUGGAGUCCGAGCAGAAAGAGUCUGGACACACUCCUGAAAAUGAUGUGAUUGGAAAUGAAAAAGAAGUACCUGUCAAGAAGUCCAUUAAGAAAUUUAACUUAUGCAAGACCAAAGGCCAGAAUUUACCAGAAAAACUGCACCCGGAAAAUCAUAUUAUGUCAGAGUCAAGUUCCCAAACUCAGCAGGAAUAUUCAGAGGUGAGCGCAUUCAAGACCAUCACCAGCAGAUCAACGGUGGAGACCACUGAACAGCUGUACACUUCAUACUCCCACACACAGACCUUCAACAUCUCCUGCUCACCUGUGGAAAAGAACACAAAGAUUCAUGUCCUCUACCAGACAGAAAAUGAACCACAGGCCACACCUCCCCCAGCUCCAAGUUUCUCUGACAUACAGAGAGAGUUCCAGCGUAAGGGAUCCACUCAGAAGACCACCCAUGAGAAGGUCCAGGCUUUUAGUGGGUUACAGGUCCCGUCCACAGAUACACAGGGUGCAGUGCAAUACUCAACAGGAGAGAAUUUAUCCCAGGAGGCCUCAGAUGUGCUCCUACCUCCUGGGGAUGGUGGUGGGCUGGCAGAGGGAGAGCUCUUUAUUGAAGAGUCACUCUCUAAUGACGAAUACGAGUGCACCUCACCUGAUGACAUCUCCCUGCCUCCCCUGUCUGAGACACCUGAAUCCAACAUCAUCCAGUCAGAGAAUGACCUAGACGAUGGUUUCUGCUUGAGUUCACACAGCCUGCAUGUCAACCAGUACAGCCAACAGUCCCACUCCCAACUUAACGACACCACAGUCUUCGACACCGCCCAACAAAGGCGCGACUGGGUCUCCACCCAGUCUGAGGACUUCCCCUCCCCCACUGGGGUCCUGGGCGCCAAGUUCAGGGCAGAGUCCUCCUCCUUUGUGCGCAGCCCCCUGACUGUUCCCACCCCCAGCCUUGUCUCCAACACUCUCUCAAGUAUCCUGAAGAGCAAGCCCACCCCAAGCCUGCCACCUGGCACCCACAGCAAGUGCCACCAGACUGUAUAUGCUGUGCAUGAAAGCUUCACAGAGACACAGGAGUGUGUGCAUGAUCCCAGCCAGGGCAGAGGGGCCAGUGCCCAAGCAGAUAACAUGCAUGUCACCCCCUCCCCAUUAACCGCAGAGCAGGACCCGGACAUCUGCAAGCCCACAGCCGUCCGAGAGGAGAUCAGGCUGAUGUCCGGGAGCCGAGCCUCGGGCAGCCUAGCAGACCAGGGCCCUAACUUCUCCAAACUGUUGUCUAAUGCCACAGUAAUGGAAGGUUCCCCCGUGACCUUGGAGGUAGAAGUCACUGGAUUUCCAGAGCCUACUCUCACAUGGUACAGGAAUGGACAGAAAGUGACCAAUGAUGAGCGCAUAGAACUGUCCCAUAAAGAAGGCAAACACGCGUUGUUCAUUCAGAUGGUCACUGAUACUGACGCAGGCCUCUAUGUCGUUCAGGCCAUAAACUCUAGUGGUUCUCUCUCCUCUAGCGCUGUGCUACAGGUCAAAGGUAACUCCUGCCCUAGUGUUGCACCCACUUUCAAGCUGGACUGGCUCACUUGCUUUGGCACCCUCUGUGUUCUUCUGUGGCUCCUGUACUUACUGGUGUUGUAGUGCAACAGCAUAGGCCUCCAUCCACUUCCCUUCACCUUCCUUUCGUCUGGACUUGUGUUUGCACAGCGCACCGUUAACAAUUACUUUAAGCCUGUAAAAAUGUUUGUAAUGUUUCUGUUUCACUGCUGAACCAGAUCACUGCUUGUUUUACUGAAAUUAUCACUGUAUUAUUAUGAUUAUUAUUAUGAUUAUUAUUAUUAUUAUUAUUUUAAUAUUGGCGGGAGGUGUGUGUAAAAUUUUAAUAUUGAAGAGAGAUGUGUUAUUUUUAAACCAGAAUUUUGCAUUUCUCUAGAUUAUGGCAUAAUGUUGAAUUAUGUUGAAGAACUGAUCCCUACUGUAGCUUUUUAAAGCUAUCUGGCCGUAAUACCACUUAACAAUAUGGGCACGCAUAUACUUUGUCUGUACAGUAUUUAUUUUAAUAGGGCAUUUCUGCAGAAAUUAAGAUUUGCAGUCAGCUAUGACUGUAAUAUGACAAUGCCAAAUACUAACUAUGAAUAAUAAAUAUAAUGUCUUUAAAAGGUAUUUCAUGUAAUAUUUGUAACUAUUUGAAAAUGGUGCAUUUGAGGGAUAUUAGGUACUGAAUAAUUUUCAUUUUACUAAUCUCAGGACAAAUAUAUACAGUUUGCUCAUAAAAAAAGGUAUUUUCACCAAAUUUGGUAUUUUCAUUUUUGCUUUGAUGAAGGUCUUAUUUCAUAAAAGUUGGUUGGCAAUGAAAUGUCUUCCUUGAACAGUAUGAUAUGAGUGUCUGAAAUACCUUCAUCUGACUUCUUAAUCCCUAAUAGUUAAAAUUUUGUUUAUUGAUUCUCAUGCUUUAUAGGUUAUGGUGUAUUGUGUGAAAUAAAUAACAUAGUGGAGGGAUAAGCAGCAGUUAUGUAUAUGAGCACUUCCUUGCAUAUUGUCUUUUCCGUUUGAAGUAAGACUUCCUGUUUAAUUAACAUACUAUUUUUAUUUUAUGUCCACCACUGCUCUGCUGCAGCCCCUUGCCAAGUAGCAGUUUCAGUCAGUGGUAACGUUUCUAGAAAUAAAUAUGGUGACCUAUUUAAUAACAGCUUACCAGAUAAUAGUGUAUUUUAAGAUACUAGUCAGAGCAAAAUAGUGCAUCCAUUGUGUUUAUAAACAUAAUAAAUGGGGUGGGACAUCCCUGAGUACCCUAUGUACUCUUGAGAUUCACUUUCUAUUUUAAGAAAACUUAGAAACCUUAGCUGCUAUCCCCAUUUAUUCAUACAUCUCUUGUGUGUGUUUUACAGCCUAUAAUUCAGGUGGCCAUCUAAGAAUUAUGCUUGUAUAAAUUGAGAGUUUACUGAUUAAGAAAGGCACAUCAUGUAUUUUGAGGGCUGAUGAAAAAUUAUUUAGCUUGUUAUGCAGUGCCAUGGCCAUUUGACCGUAUGUUAAAAUGGACUGAAUGAAAAGAUUGGUAAACAACAGGAACAUAAUGGCUUGUGUUUGGUUUUUCAACUUCUAUUUUCACCAAUGGCUAAUUUACGUGUUAUAUACUAUAGGUGAAGACAAUGUUUUGUGUUUUUGUGAAAACAAACUUUAUGUUUACCGAAGUAAAUGCUAUUGGUGUUAUUCAAUAUAUUAAUAAUAAUCGAAUUAUUGUAAUAUGUGGGUUGUUUCUCACUUAAGCAUAUAAGAUAUUUUUGGCUGUUUACUUUGCAUGUUAUACUGACCAGUAUAUUGUAUGUAUCUAACUGCACAUGCAUACACAAAGACUAUACUGCACACUGACAUCACCUAAUCACACAUCCAGAUCCAGGAUAAUGAUUUUUUCUUUUUUUUUUUCUUUUCAAGGCUCAGCCAGAGUUUUUUGGUUAUUAAGAUAUCCUUAGAUACUGCCUCCCAUUGGAACACGUAGUACUGCACCAAGCAUUUGCAAAAUGCAAAGAGCAGUUGAUUUAUGUGUGUGUUAAGCUCAAACGCACGGAAUGAACCAUAGCAUAGUUCAAUAUAUGCAUUUGUGUUCAUGGUAAACACAAUUAAUAAGUUUAAAUCAGGCUUCACGUUACAUUUAAAUGAUCUUUAAGCCAGAGCAACUAUAACUAUAAAAAGGUACGCUAUGCUGAAUAGCCCUCUAUAAAGAGCUAACAGAGUAAUAAUAAUAAUAAUAAUAAUAAAUAAAUAAAUGACACACAAUACACAACUAUAAGAACUUUUAUAAUACAACAUUGAUCUAUUUUAGGCACUACUCAGGAUGAGAGGAGUUGCAGUUUAAGGUUCUAGGGAAUCUGAUAGGUUUAAAAUAGCACCCUGGAUAUGGAUACAUUGACGUCUUGCACUUUUAUUCAUUCACUUAAAAUUAUAUUCAUGGUGAUAUCCACUUGGAAACUGAGCAAAUAAAAACAGUAAAAUACAAACUGAUUAUUUU